AUGGUCAACAACCACUCUUACUCUUCAGCUGCAGGAGAAAGAAGAAGAGAUGAAACCGUUCAUGGUGACCCGAACCCACCUCAAACCCUAAUGCUCAACCCCAGAAGAGAUCCAGACCCAAAUCCAGCUUCCAUAGCUAUCAACAACGAGGCAGCGACUGCGGCUGCUACCAGAUCAAGCCUGAAAUCACCGCCGCAACAGCCACCAACAUCACAGCUGCAGCCAGACGCUGGCCCUACCUCGGCAGCUAUUGGCUCUACUCCUUUGAUUAGAUAUAGAGAAUGCUUGAAGAACCACGCCGCCAGCAUGGGCGGCCAUGUAGUGGAUGGUUGUGGGGAGUUCAUGCCGAGCGGCGAAGACGACACACCGGAAGCGAUGAAAUGUGCAGCCUGCAAUUGCCAUAGAAGUUUUCAUAGGAAAGAAAUAAACGGGGAAUCACAAUAUGCACCAAGCUCUUAUUAUUAUAAUCUUAACGGAAACAACAGGAGAAGAAACGCUGCACGUCGUCUUGAUCCUCAACAACCAACCCCUCUUCAUCAUCAUCAUCAACAAAGAUUUCCACCUCUGUUGAUGAACUUCGGUGGCGGUGGCGGCGGCCCUGCGGAGUCAUGGAGGGAAGAUCUCAAUAUGUUUGAUUUCAAUGGAGGAGAACCUUCGCACCCACAUUCAUCGAAGAAGAGAUUUAGAACAAAGUUCAGUCAAGAACAGAAGGAUAAGAUGAUGGAGUUCGCCGAUCAGUUGGGGUGGAGAAUCCAGAAACAAGAUGUAGAAGACAUGCAGCGGUUCUGCGAUCAAGUGGGAGUAAAGAGACAAGUUUUCAAAGUUUGGAUGCACAACAACAAACAAGCCAUGAAGAGAAAAAUGUAA